GACUACAAAUGCCAAGAAUAUAUUUAUGAAUAUCCUGUGUGUGCAACUUCAUGGUGUACAUCGCUGUGCAUGCGUAGAAAAAUCCCGCUUUGUAAUUGCCAUUUGUUUUCAUUUGUUUAAGUCACAAUUGCGUUAAUUAUAAUUUUAUUUAAUUUUUCGAGUAAGUUGAUCGAAAAAUGUCUUACUCUGAACGACACAAGACUGUUUUGCAAGCUGUUAUACAUGAAGGUGCUUUACAUGAGGAUCGUGGAAAAGAAUUAGUUAUUAGGUUAUUUGAUCAUAAUAAUACAGCACAAAUAUUAAGUGAAAUAAAUGCAAAAUUACAACCAUUAUGCACGACCAUAAAACGUAUAAAUUGCGAAGUUACUGGAGAGUUAUAUUGGAUUUUUAUGAGCACUGUACAAGACAAAACUGCUAGUUUUGUUUCUCAUUUCUCACAAGCAGAAUUAGCUCUCUUGCGAAAUAUUUAUUCGGAAAUUAUUACUUCUAACAAUAGCUGUGUAUCGAGUACAUUUUGCCUUAAUUUAUGUUCAUCACUAAAUGCAAAACUGACUAAAACUGAUGCCGAAUUAUUUCUACUUGAAAUGGUCGAUAGACAAUGGUUAUGCUGCAAGGAUGGUAAAUAUUAUAUGGGAGUAAGAAGCAUAGCAGAAUUAAUGCAAUAUUUCAAAGAUACUUAUGAAGGGAAUCUUCAAAUUUGUACUUUAUGCAAGCAGGAACUUUUUUAUGGUGACAAAUGUAACAAAUGUGAUGCUAGUACACAUGUUUAUUGCCUCAAGAAUUAUGCAAGAAAUCAUAGUAGUUUGGGAUGUCCUAAUUGUCUUUUUUCUACGUCAAGACAAAAUCUUUCUAGUAAUAACACUAGUUGUGCCAUGGAUGUUGAAAAUGCCUCACAGACAAGUGUGGAAAUACAUGAGAUAGCACAGUCUAGUCAAACCAGAAAAUUGAAACGAAAACAGAAUGAAUUGAUGUAAGAUAUUUUGUUUAAUCAGUUACACAAAACUGUUUGGAAGAGACGAAUGCCGCAAACUAAAGAUUAUAUUAAUUUUUAUUUAUAUAAAAUUAAAUUAUUAUCUAUAUACAGUAAAAUUACAUUCAAUAUAAUAUUAACAAACAAUACUUUAUUAUGCCCAUUUA